AGAGAGACAGGCUGGGCGUAUACUGCAGCACAUUGGUGGCUAAGUGUGUGUGAGAGAGUCGGUUCACACCGACACAGUCAGUGAAGUACAGAAGGGUGGAGUGGAGAGGAGCUCAGUGGGAGUGUGCGUGGGGGAGUGUGUGAGACAUUUAACCACUCCAGACCAUGAACAUGAAGCACCGGAGGUUCUCCCUUGACAGCUCAGUGUCCCUGGAGGAUGGUGAUGGAGGUAGUCUGCUGGACCAGAGGAGAGGCAGCCGCAGUAGGCCUAAGAAGAGUGGAGAGAGGAGGAAAAGCCACAGUCUAGAGGAGGCACAGCUAGAAACACAGGAGCUGGGAUGCAGCCUGAACAGGAGCAACUCACUCAGGUCACAGACCAUAGAGGAGGAGAGCUUCCAUCGGCCUGAUGGCGUCACCAUCACCAAAAACAGCUUUGUGAAGUACAACAAAGCCUUUCACAAACUCUUCGAAGACAUUCCUGCAGAGGAGAAACUAACUCACGCGUUCACCUGUGCCCUGCAGAAGGAAGUGUUGUAUCAUGGGAAGCUAUUUGUGUCUGUCAACUAUGUGUGUUUCUACUCCUCCGUACUCCUCAAAGACACCAAGGUGGUGGUUCACGUGUCCAGCAUUAAGGAAGUGAAAAAGCAGAACUCAGCCUUGUCUAUGCUCUCCAUCCACACUACGGAUGGAGACAAGUAUUUGUUGGUGUCUUUGCGGAACCGGCAAGUGUGUUACAAAAUCCUGCAGUCUGUGUGUGCACAGACUGUGUUCACACAGCAGCAGGGGGAGAAUGGUAACAGCAGUUCCCACGUCUCGCCAGGAGAGAACGGUGUUGACGACGUGAAUCAGGACAUAGACACGAUAUCCAGCCACUCUAGCCUGGAGGACAGUAUGGAGCAGAGCCUUCCUAAACAGACCGUCUACUCUGACCUGCCCAGCAGAGGGAGGGACAGCUCCACUCCUAGAAGCAGCAUCAGCAAAGACCAGGACGAUCAGUUCACAUUCACAGAGGAGGAAGACGCGGCUAACUCGUGUUUUUGGAGAGUCACUGARAGGAUUAAAUCCCUCCUCCUCAUCAGAGAGAUGAGCAACCUCAACGUCCUCCUCUCCAUCUAUCUGUUUCUGUGAGUACCAUCCACCUCUCUGUCUUUCUCUCCGCCGUCUCUCUACCUCUCCAUCCUCUCAAUGUCUAGACCUAGAUACUGAAGCCCUCACAUCUUAUCUUAUCCACACACUGCCACGAGGGCUGAUGGGCGGCCAGCUCUAGGACGAGUCUUGGUGGUUCUAAACUUCUUCCAUUGAAGAAUGAUGGAGGCCAACGUGU